UGCAGUGUAUAAUGACGCUUUAUGAUUUUGAUAGCUUCAAUUAAUAUUUUGACAUUAAUAUAAGUCAAAUUUUCAUAUGAUCUGUCAGAAGUGUUUUCGCAAAAUUUAUUAUUUUUUAUAUGAAUUAAUCCGCGUAUAAAUAUUAAAGAUAAAAAUAAACCGCAAAGCAGUUGACGUGUAAAUAUCAUAGAGUAUAUCUGUCAAUGUUGAUUUUGGCCACGUUGGAAGUACAAUUCAUAACAUUUUAAUCUGUUUAAUGGAUUUAUCGUUUUAAAGUUUCAGGAACAAAUAUUUAAUAUUAUGAAGGUAAAAGAUAUCGAACGUACGGCUAACGUAGCUUGGUCUCCGAAAAACCAGCACCCUAUAUAUUUAGCGGCCGGUACCGCCGCUCAACAGCUAGACGCUUCUUUCAACACCAAUGCAGUACUGGAAAUUUAUUCUUUAAAUUUAACAGAUCCUGGUCCAGAUACUCCGUUAGUUUCAUCAAUUCAAACUGAUCAUCGUUUUCAUAAGAUUAUUUGGGGCUCCCACGGAAACAACCCGGUACAAAGUACAAUCAUAGGCGGAUGUGACGAUGGGCUGAUUCAAAUUUACAAUGCCACAAAACUUUUGAAAGGCGAAGACGCUCUAAUCGGGAGACAAGAAAAUCACACAGGUCCCGUACACGCUUUGGACUUCAACAAUUUCCAGCAGAACUUAUUUGCUAGUGGUGCAGGAGAUUCUGAAAUUUACAUAUGGGAUUUGAAUAAUCUGAGCCAACCGAUGACACCAGGCUCAAAAUGUCAACCCUCUGAAGAAGUUCUAUCGGUAUCUUGGAAUAAACAAGUGCAGCACAUCCUAGCGUCGACUUUUCCUUCGAAAUGCGUCAUUUGGGACCUUAGAAAAAGCGAACCAAUCAUUAAAUUAACUGAUACAGUAUCGAGAAUCAAAUGGAAAGUGGUUACUUGGCAUCCGGAAGUUGCAACUCAACUAUGCUUAGCUUCUGAGGAGGAUCAAGCGCCGGUUAUACAAAUGUGGGAUCUUCGGUUCGCUACUUCCCCUUUAAAAACCCUUCAAAAUCACCAAAGGGGUAUAUUAUCAUUAGCUUGGUGUACCGAAGAUCCGGAUCUAUUAGUUUCUUGUGGAAAAGAUAACAGAAUAUUAUGUUGGAAUCCGAAUUCUAAUCACCAGAAUGGGGAAGUUUUAGCUGAAAUUGCCGCUACGAAUCAAUGGAGUUUUGAUGUUGUAUGGUGUCCUAGGAAUCCGGCUUUAAUCGCUUCUUCUAACUUUGACGGUCAUGUUUCUGUUUAUUCCGUUAUGGGUGGGAAAACCCAACCGAUUCAAACUACGAAUAAAAUCGCGGACAGUUUUCCCGGUAUGGACGGUUAUGUUAGAGCUCCUGAGCCUCAGCAAGAUUUAGGACCUACAAGUGUCGAUUUGAGUAAACCGCCGAAAUGGUUGAAGAAACCCAUAGGAGCAAGUUUUGGGUUCGGUGGAAAAUUGGUUACUUUUGAAGAUGGAAAAUCGACGGUAGCGCAAAGUUUACAAAAUCUUCAGCCGGGGCAACAACUUCCACAUAUUCAAAGGACCGUUCAAAUUAGUCAGGUUAUUACAGAACCGGAUUUCGUUAAGAAAUCAAUUGAAUUAGAAAAUACCUUGGAAUAUGGGAAUUUUACUGAUUAUUGUCAAGACAAAUCCGAUUCGUCAAUCGACGAACACAAAAAAUAUAUAUGGCGUUUUUUGAAAGCCAAUUUCGAAGAGGUACCCAGAGCGGAGUUGCUCAAUUUGUUAGGUUAUAAUCUCGCCCAAGUUAAUAAAAAAUUAGACGCGCACGCCGGAACGAAAUCAGCCAAUAACGUCGAUAGUUUAACCGAAGAUUUCGCUUAUUCCAACAGGAUAGAAGAUUACGAUCCUAACGAUGCUUUCGACGUUAUAAGUAAACAACAGAAAAAAGAGACUAAAACGUUCAAAAUUAAUACGGACGAUGAUACGGAAGGUCUCAUAACGCAAGCUCUGUUGUUGAAUAACGUCGCGGCUGCUGUGGAAUUGUGUUUGAAAGCCGAAAGGUACGCGGAUGCCUUAGUUAUUGCGACUACCGGUGGUCCGGAUCUAUUAGCAAAAACUCAAAUGAAAUAUUUAGAACAAUCCAACGGUUACGUAUCAACUUUAAUAUCAGCUAUAGUUUCGGAAGAUUGUAGUUUAAUAAUCAACAAUUGUGAUAUAAGUAAUUGGAAGGAAGCUCUAGCCGCUGUCCUAACUCACGCCUCGGACGACGAUUUACCAACGUUAUGCGAACGUUUAGGUGAUAGAUUGGUCGAGGAAAGUAAAAACGAUGUGAAAUUAUCUCGAGACGCUCAAUUGUGUUACAUUUGCGCCGGUAGUUUCGAUAAACUCGUGACCAGUUGGAGCGAUAACGCUCUAAAAUCCACGGAGACUCUUCAAGAAUUGAUAGAGUUGGUGACGUUUCUGCAGAAGGCUAUCGAAAGGCAAGGUAGACAAGUUAAGGUAUCGGGCGUAUUGGCGGACCUGCUAUCCCAUUACGCUUCCCUAUUAGCCUCCCAAGGCGAACUAUCCACGGCCGUAGCCUAUUUAGGUUCGUCCGCCAACGAAAAAGUGGCCGCACUAAGGAACCGGCUACAAGCGGCGCUCGGUCAAAGGCCGUCGCUCGGUCAAGAAACCAGACAACAGAACAACCGAAGAGGCAGCCAGAGAAGUUCGUUUUCGAACUACAACAACAACAACAAUCAAUAUCAACCGGCGCCGGUACCGAGUUACAACCAGUUGCCGCCGACGGUAAACAACCGACCGUGGCAACCGCCGACCGCGGGUUUACCGCAACCUCCGAGACCCAACAGCGUCGGUUCGAAUCAAGGUUUGCCGUCGAAAAAAUACGUCCUGGAUCCUUCGGUGGGUUCGAAUCCUUACGUUUCGACGUUUAACCAAUUCGUUAAUCAACCGCCGGUCGAUUUCUAUCGAUCAUCGAUUAAUAACGAUGCGUACGGUUCCAAUUCGCAAAUACCGCCGACGAACGCGUCUAAUCAAAGUUUCAAUUUGUCUCCUAUGAAUUCGGCGCGACAAAAUUACGCGCCGCCUCCGCCGCCGCCGUCUUCCAUUGAACAAGCGCAGUACGCUUUGAAAAGCGCCGCCGGUUCGGCUUCGGCGCACGGUUGGAACGAUCCGCCUCCGUUAACGAAACCGUCGAAACUGCAGAGUAACGACGAAACUGCACGAAGAGAAAUGUACGCCACGCACGCCGGAGUCAAAUUAUGGCGAAAGCCAAAAUCGGAAGUUACACCUGCUGAACCUAUCACACACCCCCUGUAUGGUACAGCGCCGGUUCAGGCCUCGCCUUUACCAAUAAACGGUUACGGAGACGUGAAUCAAAUAACACAACCUUAUAAUCAAAAUUUUUAUCCUCAAAAUCCACCGUCGACGUUCCAACCGCAAGCAACUACAUUCGCCACCGCAUAUAACCCCAAUAAUUUCAAUCAAAAUUUGGUACAACCACAACAGGAAGUCGUAGGUAGGACGGAAACUCCCCAACCCGUUCAAAAACCUCCGAUACCCGAAGAACAUUUACAUUUAAAAACCGUUUUCGACGAAUUAAGGAAUCGAUGUAGUUGCACGGCUAAUAAUCCGCAAACGAAAAGGAAACUCGACGACGUCGGAAAAAAAUUGGAAUUACUCUACGACGCUUUAAGGGAAUUAAGGCUUUCAUCCAACACAUUGUCGUCCCUCCACGAAAUGGUACAAAUGAUCCAAACCGGAAAUUAUACGGGGGGUUUGAGUUUACAUACACAAUUGGUGUCAGGUCCGGACUUCGCCCAAAUUGCCAGUUUCAUGCCGGGUAUUAAAGUGUUGCUGCAAACAGCUUUACAAUUACAAGUUUACAUUAGAUAGAUGGAGAAGCGAAUAUAUAAUGAAAACAAAAAACAGAAAAAAAAAACCGAAACGACGAUUCAAUUCGAUUUAUUUAAGCCGAAGAAAUUUUUUUCAAUUUUUAGUUGUAAUUGAAUUAGUUAUUAUUAAACUGAUAAUACGAGGGGCGUUUGGAGAGAUUACGACGAAUAAACUUAAUUUUUAUUAAAAUUUAUUUCUAUUUUAUCCACUUUCGCAUUAUUCUACACUUUUAGCCAAUUAUUUCGCAUUAUUCUUGACCUUUAGCCAUUUAACGUUUAUUUUACUCAGUCAGACACAAUUAUAUCUCGUCUAUGUCAUUUUGGUUACUCGUUUUAUGGUAUUUUUAAUUUUUAUUCACUGUUUGAUCACUUGGUGUCUUAAUUCGAUGCUGGAAAUUAUCUUUCACUGUCUAUUGUUGUGAUUUAUUAGUAUUUUUUCGUUUUUAUUUUGCUCUUUCUAUCAUUUUUUUGCCACUUUUAACCCGUUUUCUUUUCUAGUGUCGGAACAUUGUCUUUGAAGAACUUGCUGGACUCUUCAUUUCCACUGAAUAUUGUUUUUUCCAACAAGUGGUAUCAUAUGUGGUAAAAUCAUUACUGAAACUCUUUUUAUUCCAUUUUAUGUCUGUACUUAUCUUGAAAAAAAAGUGUUUUUUGGACUUUGUCUAUCAUUUAACAUCUAUCUAUCGAUAUAUGACUAUAAUUUUCCAUAUUUCACAUGUUGAAAGUGUUUUAAGGGUCUUCAAUUGCAAUCUAGUAUCCUUCCAUUGAUCUAGAAAUGUUAAUUUGUCUUUUUGACGGUUUCUAGCUAUUUUAUGUCAAUUUUUUGAUUCAUUCUUUCUCUAAUAUCACCCAUCAAUCUUCAGAGGAUUUAUUAGAAUCUCCAUUUCCAUUAAAUAUUGUGUCUGAUAGCUGUUUGUCUAUUGAAAAAGGUUUCAUCCACCUUCUAACAUCCCCUAGGACUAUUAUUUUCCAUAUUUUGCAGUUUUCAUCUAUUUCAAGUCGGUUUUUAACCGACGUUUCUCAAAAUUCGUCUACUUAUACAAUAAUUUCUAUUUUUAUCAUUUAUUGUCGUUAAAAACUGAAUUUUGAGGAAAUUUUUGAUUCUUAGGAACCCAAAUCGAAAAACGUUUUAUGUAUUAAACAAUUUUUUGUAGCCCCCUUUCCGAUAAGUAAAUUAGUUUUAAAUAAUAUAUUAUUAAUAAAAAAAAAUUUAAAUUCUGUUUUGUUUUUGAAUAUUUAAAUUUUUUACCAUAUUUGUAAAGUGAAUAAAAAACAAAUUGAUUAUUAUAUUAAGGUGCUUUUUAAUAAAUUAUAUCCAUUUUGA